AUGGCUGCCGCUGUAGCCAACGGUAAUCAUGCAUCAUCAACGCCUACCACCCUAGAAGAAAUAGCGAAACCCCCGGAGGGCGUGGUCGUGCCGCCCAAGGAUAUUCGAGCGAUUGUUGAGAAAACAGCAGGCUACGCUGCCCGAAAUGGUCCCGUGUUCGAACAACGCAUUCGCGAAAAGGAACAGAGCAACCCAAAAUUCUCUUUCUUGAGCCCCGGAGAUGCAUAUGCGGCAUACUAUCUAUGGCGACUCGAUGAGAUCAAAGAAGGUCGCGGAACCGACAUUUCAGCUGGAAGGCCGGGCGAAGCGCCCGUGACGCCAGCUCCAGAAAAGCCCAAGGGACCGACUGCCCCACCGGAAUUCCAUUUCUCAGCGCGAAUUCCUAUUAUUAAUGCGCAGGACCUGGAGGUUGUCAAGUUGACGGCACUUUUUGUUGCUAAAAGAGGAAAGUCAUUUAUGACCUCACUGUCGCAAAGAGAAGCGCGAAACUUCCAAUUUGACUUCUUACGGCCACAGCACAGCUUAUAUCAGUUUUUCACACGCUUGGUGGACCAGUACACGAUAUUGUUGAAUGAAGAAGGAAUUGAUGCGGAUACUACAGCAAAGCGUCGGCUAGGAGAACUAGACCGGAAUAUCAAGGAAAAACAUCAUAUCUUGGAUCGGGCUAAACAACGAGCAGAAUGGGUCAAAUAUCAAGAACAGCAGAAGCAGAAGAAGGAAGAACAGGAAGAGCAAGAGCGUAUUGAAUACGCACAGAUCGACUGGCAUGACUUCGCUGUCGUUGAGACUGUCCUCUUCGAUGAGGCAGACGACCAGAUAGAAUUGCCACCUCCGGCUUCACUUGGUGAUCUACAAUCAGCAUCUCUAGAGCAGAAGGCUAUGAUAUCGAUCAAUCCAUUACGGAUUGAAGAGGCAAUGCCCACAGAUGAGAUGGAGCCUGUAUAUUACAAUGCCUACCCGGCGGAACAAGUUGGUCCCACACAGCCACCAGUACCUAUCCCCACGGACCAGCAGCCUAUACAGCCUGCCUUCCAACCUACACCUGCGAGUUCUGCCGCCAAUGAAGAAGAAGAGCGACGUAUUCGGGAACGUGCCGAAGCGCGCGAUCAGGCAUCCGCAGCGCAAGCAGCGGCGAAAGGCCAACCGCCAUCAAUGCGUAUUCGAUCCGACUACGUCCCACGGGCACAAUCUCGACGACAACAGAAUGCCACCGUCACAGCUCUCUGUCCCAACUGCCACCAGCAAAUCCCAGUUGCCGAACUUGAUCAUCACAUGCGCAUUGAAAUGCUGGAUCCACGCUGGAAAGAGCAGCGCGAAAAGGCAGAUUCUCGUGCCGCCCAUACCAAUCUCAUCACAACCGAUGUAGCCAAUAACCUGAAACGUCUAGCAAGUCAGCGUAGUGACGUGUUCGAUUACGCCAACGCUCCUGCUCCUACAGCCGCUGCUGCUACCGCUGCCACUGGUUUUGGAGGUUAUGAAUCUCACCAAGAAUCAGAGGAAGAAGCCCGCCGGAAACGGCUCGCCAUGAUGGCUCCCCCAGGUACGACAACAGCAGUACCCGCGCCAGCCCUAGCUCCUCCAGCAGCACCUGGUACACCAGGGUAUGAAAGUGCAGCGAGUGGACGAUUCCCACAAAUGCCCACUGUUGGUCCACCACAGACCAUAGAUAUCAACGAACAAAUCCGGAAUCUGCAUGAGAAGUAUGGUGCACAGCAGCAGCAACAACAACAACAACAACAACAACAACAACAGCAGCAGCAAUAUCUCCACCAUCAACAGCAGUAUCCGGGAAGUCACCAAUAA